ACUCCAAUCAAACCCGGUCAAACCAAACUUCCAUCUCCUCCCCCUUUGAUUUACGAGACUCCAGCCAUUUAACUUCCCUACUCGAAGAUAUGGCUGAAAGCGCUAAAGAUGCAGUGUCGCAAGCUGGAGCUGCCUUCAGGGAGGACGGAAAAAUCGGGUCUGUGUUUGGUACGGAUGGAGCUGUGGGAGGGACUGCACAGAAGGUGGGAGGGCCGUUUGAUAAGGACGGACUGAUUGGAAAACAGUUCACGACGGAUGGAUUAAUGGGAGGCACGGCACAGAUUGCAGGCGAAAAAAUCAGUGGAUCAGCUGCUAGUGCAAAACAGAACCCUCAGAGUGGGUCAGCGGAUAGAUCGACCAGACCUGCAGAUCGUUGAUUCUUGUAUCGUGCGGUAGCUAUUUCAUGCAUAAGAAUGUGACAUUCAAACUAUAGUAUCUUUUACCAUACACACAAAAUCUCAGCGCUUCACCACGUACUUGUAAGGCCUUAACUAGUAUUGCCUGAAUCGUGUUUUUUUUGUGAGGUAGGAGUAGGACAGGGCAGAUGGAGGCUCCGGCCGCUAGGUAAGUCCAAGGGGGGGAGGGGCACGGUAGACAGAUAGCAUAUUACACAUUUGUCAUAGUACAGAACACUUCUUCAAUCGCGGGAUCAGUUGGCACUUCCACGGGAAGAUAAAGUGCCUGUUUACCAGGCACUUCUGGGCCAAUGAACUUGGGCCACCAUCUAAAAUCAGCUUCACCGACGCGUAUAUGGACGUCGAUGUCUCCCUUUUUAGCUGCAAAUAAUGCAGAAUACACAUUUUGUACAAUGACCUUCUCCAGACGACACUGGCUGAUAUGAGGGAGAUGCAUAACAGUGAGUGAUGCACCGCGACAUGAUCGCGACACAUGCCCAAGGCUGACCAGAUCAUCCACAUCCAUGAGGAGAGCAAUAUUUUGCCAGAUCUCUGUAGGAAGAUAGCCGACUUGAGUGGUAUUGACACAAUCAUUGUGUGACGAUAGCGAUUCAGGGGAGCUUCUACCAUCCUUCCGUAUAUCCUGAGGGAAUGUCUCAUCGAAGUUAAGAAAUGGGCAGGCUUUGAGGUAUCUUUGCAUGAUGUCAGGAUCAGGCCGAUGAGCGAGUCGGGUAAGAGCUGUGAUGCCCUCUGUUGAAGGUGAUGUCGCAAAGAAUGAUGGCAAGAACUGCAGGGCAGGCGUGUGGGUGAAAGACCCUCCUGUAAGUCUAUCGAUGCGCACGAUAACGCAAUGGUAGAUG